AUGUCCGAUCCAAGACUCAUUGACUUUGAGCCCGGAGGAGAGAGCACUCAGUCUACGCCCGAAAAGCAAACCGGCCAGCUAGGCGGUACACAGGUCUACCCGGUUGUGGGAGCGCAGUACCGGCGAGCUAACCGAGACAGUAGGAAGCCCGCAACAUACCAAGAGCCAGCUUGCGACUACGCUGAGCUCAGCCGAUGA